AUGGCAAUGGUAGUCGGUGCGUGGCGAGACCCCCAGGACGAUGUGCCCGGAGCUCAGGGAACGCAGCCUUCGCAAGCCCCGCCGGUGCAGGGACCUCCGGCCGGGACCCCGCACACCCCACAGACCCCGGGGCCCGUGGGCCCUCCCAGUACUCCAGCCCAGAGCAACCCGCCAAGCCAGCAGAACCAAGGAGACAAACAGCAGCAGCAGCAGCACAUUGAAUGUGUGGUUUGUGGGGACAAGUCUAGUGGCAAACAUUAUGGCCAGUUUACCUGCGAGGGUUGCAAGAGUUUCUUCAAGCGGAGUGUAAGGAGGAAUCUCAGCUACACUUGUCGUGCCAACAGGAACUGUCCCAUUGACCAGCACCACCGCAAUCAGUGUCAGUACUGCCGCCUCAAACUCAAAGUUGGCAUGAGACGGGAAG